CAUUUUGACUGAAGCCAUUCUGGCUCAAGAAGCAGUUUCGCCAGAGGCGUAGUUUCAUCCAGUGUCCCGAUUGCCAGUCGCAUUGUUCGCACAUGCCGGCAACCCUCAGUGCGAUCCAGAGCGUCGUGGAGGCAUACGUCUCCAGCGUCGCACCAACCACGUUGGCCUUUGGCUUCUUGACCAUGGUGCCGUGGAGCUUGCAGGAAAAGCCGGCCAACGUGCUGGCAUGUGGAGCAGGCGGAAGUGUGAGUUCGGAAAGCAUCGCUCAGAUAGUGGGGCAGCACGACGUCUUGUUGAUCGUAUCCGUAUACAGGACGGAGUGGGAGAAGAGAGGCGUGGCAGGUCUUCUAGACUAUCUGAGGACGGCGCAUUCCGACGCGAUCGUCUUCUUGGUGCAGCUUCCAGAUCGAUUGAAUACCGAGCUCACCAAGGCCUACAUCAGUGAACUGAUGGCGCGGCAGGACGAUCUCUACACCUUUGGGGCGGACGGCGUGUUGAUAGAGCUGACAGGUGACCCGGAAGGGCUGCAACAGAGUUUAAGCUUGGAGCUCAUAGAGAACGCCGCCAUCCAGCCGCGCGUGCAGGCAUUUGCUAACGAUGCGAACCAGGGGGUACCCUCUGCCAGGGAUCUCAAACUCAUCGAGGACGAGUUCCGAAGUCUCCUCUGGAAUGCCAUCCCGAAUCUGUUGAUGCCCGACUUCGCGCCACUGAACAAGCGUCUCCUGGAAUGUGGGAAUCAGGUCGGGGAUUUCCGGUUUGUGCGCCCGUAUUCGGAUCACCACCACGUGGUCUUGGCCGUGAAAGGACAGCAUGAAAAGGUAGUGAUCAAAGUGCACGACAAGCGCAGCGUCACCGAGGCCAAGGAGGUGGAAAGCAUAUACCAGGAGUUCUGCCUCUUGACGCACACCCUGGACCACCCACACAUUAUCCGUUGCGUAGGUAUGCUGCAGAGCCAGUGUUAUGUGUAUGUGGCCCUCCAGUAUGGUGGAGAUGUGUGCAUGGAGCAAAUGUUGUCGACUCAAAGAGGCCACCGCUUGUCCAGGGACGACGCCUUGAACUGCAGUGCCCAGGUUGCGAGUGCGCUGUCGUACUGCCACGCCCAGGACGUCGUGCAUGGGCAAGUGUCUUUGAGGCACGUGGCGGUAGAGAUAGCAUGUAAUCGGCACAUCUGCCGCCUUGUGGACUUCAGCAUGGCGGCCCACGUUCCAAACUCCAACACAAGGGAGACCUUGUGUGGAUCUCUGCCAUGCGUCGCUCCAGAGACGGUGCUGAACGAGCCGUAUUUGCCCAAGCCAGCAGACUGCUGGAGUUUUGGGGUGUUGUUCCUGGAGAUCGUUUGCGGGCAGGGUUCGCUCGAGUUGUCCGUCCAGUGGCGCCGUGGCGAGUCCCUCGCAUACGUUGCGGGGAACAUUCUCGAGUUCUUCUCCCAGGCUGGCUGUCACACCGACGCGAUGACGAAGAUGGGUAACGCACCUGACGGCAUAAUACUGGCGUGCUUGGGGGCGGCGUUGAAGCCAGAGCCCGUUCGCAGAGCGAGUGCGUCCGACAUGGUGGGCAUGUUAUCCAUUGUGCACACCGAGCAAACCAGCUUUGAUUGACCUGUUGCCAGUCGCCUUUGCAUUGCGGGCGCGCGUACAGGAGCGCAUACCCCACAGUGCCGCACCAUUUUCGCACCCGUAGUGAUUAUUGCCGGUUCGGCAAGCUUUGCGCGCCAAGUUUUUUGAUGCAGACAAGGUUCGAGCGGCACGAGGCCAGACGAUCCACAGUCCGCGCGCGCAACCGAGCCCGAGGGGACAGUGGCCUCCCCCUGCUCGUCCUCCUUUGGCACUGGUCGGACCUGCCUGCUCUUCUCCUGCGAUGGGGCUUCUCUUUCACCGCAGCGCCGCUGCCGCUGCCUUUUUUGUGGAGGCUGGGUGCCCCCGAUUCCACUGGGCUGGUGCCUGCGAUGGUGAACUGCGUGCGAAUGCAUGAGUGAGUGAAGGUCUUUACACGUCUGCGGAGUGACGCGACAUUUCCGGGGAAAUUCUUUGGGAAAUAUGUCGGACAUUCUGUGUUAGGUAUUCUUGAAAGGCUUCCAGUCUGACUCCAGCGCGGCCACCCACUGCCUGGCAGCUUAAUCACAUGCCAACUGCAUGUUUUGCCACCAGUCUUCUUUCCUCGUCCUCGCCUUCCUCUUCUCUCAAUGCCAUGGUUUCCUACAUCAUGAGCCCGAGUGCGUUUCUGUUGCGCGACCGCUCUCGCAGGACCCCAUCCAGAGAUGGGCACGGCGCACACCACACACAUUCUCGCGCGGUGCUUCCAACAAGGGCGGCUCAAGGGAGGGGGGGGUAGCUUAAGCCUAGCCCCCCCUCCCCUUUGCUCGGGCCCUGCGGGCGCGCUGUCUCAUAUAUAGAUG